AUGCUCAGUGAAUCGCUGGCGCGGAUGGACACUUCCAAGCGACGCAAUCAGAGGCUACCAAGCCAGGCUCGGAUGGCUGUUGUGCGGCCUCACGAUGGCCACCAAGUCUGA